GGAGUCCGGGCAGCCUCUCCGCACUCAUGGCUCUCUCCGGGCUGCAGCUGCGGACCGUGCUCCGGCUGUCCCCGGCCCGCAGCAUCCUCUGGCCCGGCCCGGGGCUCCGGAACUACGCCAAGAAGCCCGGCGGUGUAAAGUUCAGAGGGAAAAGCUCCGCCAAAGAAGACAUGAAGGGUCCCCAAGUCUGCAAAGACGCCGCGAUCCUCACUACGCAUGCCGUGGGGGUCAACAUCUACAAGGAAGGCCCAGAGGUAGCUUUGAAGCCAGACUCGGAAUAUCCGGAAUGGCUUUUCCAGAUGCACCUCGGCCCCCCCAAGAAGCUGGAGGAGCUUGACCCGGAGACCCACGAAUAUUGGAGGAAGCUGCGGAAGCUGAAUGUGUGGCAGGAAAACAAAAUCAAGAAGGUCCGGGCGUUUUGAUGUGGAGAGCUGUGAAAGCGGCGGUUGGCUGCAAGGAAAGGACCUUGUUUUCUAUUUUUAUGUCUCCCUUUGGUGUAAAAGUUGGCCAAUAAAAUCCUUGACCCUGCAGGGUAGUCCCUGUGA